CCCAUAAGAGGGGUGGGCGGUGGAGAGCUCGGGUUCAUCCGAGGCUGCUAUGCCGAGUGAGGGCUGCAGUGCAGGCCUAAGGGUGGUCAGCUCGGAGGCCUGGGCUAUGUCCUUCCUGAGCAUCGUCCACCUGUCCCUGGACAGCCCUGUCCAUGCCAUCUGUGUGCUGGGCAUGGAAAUCUGCUUGGAUCUCAACCAGUGACCCCAGAAGUGCAAGUCCUUCACCAUUGCUGGCUCUGCAGGGGUCUCAGUCAGUAUCCACAACACAGUCCCGGUCGUGACCAAAGAAGAGGCUGCCAUGACCCGCUGGGCUCUGUCUGACCCCAUGGACGUGCUGGUGAGGAUGGUAUCCCUCAGCUCUGCCACUGAUGGGGACAGGGUUUUGGUUUCAUACUACCAGCCUGAUGAGGAAGUCCCCGUGGCCACAGCAGAGCUGUACCUCACUGGCUUUGCGGUCCCCCUGGAUGUGGAUAUCAGCUGCAGUGGGCGAGUCCAGAUGACAAGUGACGAAGAGGCUAAGAAAAACUGGGUCUGGGGUCCCAGUGGUUGGGAUGCCAUCCUGCUUGUGAACGGCAGCCCUGCUGACGUGGGCCAGCUGGUAGACAGGAGGCCCACAAAGGUGUCCUAUUCAGAAGAAAUAAAGAGUCUGUCCCAGAUGACACUGAAUGUUCAAGGGCCCAGCUGCAUUUUAAAGAAAUACCGGCUGGUUCUCCACACCUCCAAGGGAAAGUCAGAGAAGGCAAGAGUCUCCCGGCCCCAAAAAGGCAGCUCUAGCACCUCUGAUUUGGUACUGGGGCCCGGCCAGCACAUCUAUACCUUUGACCCCCUUGAGAACCACUUGAAGGAAACAUUCUAAGUUGAACCUGUGCAGUUCCCAUCCGCCGACUUCUCAGGCCUGAUUUUUUACUCCAUUUCCCUGGUGGCAGAGUCCCAAGACCCGUCAAUUCCAGAGACCCUGGUGUACAAAGACACAGUGGUGUUCCAGGUGGCUCCCUGCAUCUUUAUACCCAGCACCCAGAUGCCUCUAGAGGUUUACCUGUGCAGAGAGCUGCAGGUGCAGGGUUUUGUGAACAUGGUGACAGAGCUGAGCAAGGAGAGUAACAGCCAGGUGACAGCUGUCUAUGAGGACCCCGGCUGCCUGGGCAGGUGGCUCCAGGAUGGGAUGGCCUUCUGCUACAUGCAGGCUCCCCACGAGACGCUUUCUCUGGUUCUCGACACCCCAUGGAUCCUCAAGUUCGAAGAUUUCCCCAUGAAAUACUCACUGAGCCCUGGGGUUGGCUCUGUGAUCCACGGCACCAAGGACCACCGGCUGGCCAGUAUGGAUUCCACUGGGAACCUGAUGGUGUCCCCACCUGUCCAGGUGGGAGGCAAAGAAUACCGAGGCAGGAUCCGCAUUGGCAGCAGCUUUCACCCCAGCGAGGAGGGCUGGGACACGGGCAAGGCCCUGCGGGACUUCCUUUACGCCCAGCAACUCCAGGCCACGGUGGAACUGUUCUCAGACUGGCUGAUGACUGGCCACAUGGAUGAGUUCAUGUCCUUCAUCCCCAUGCAGGACAAGAUGGAGGGGGAAAAGGGCUUCCGGCUGCUCCUGGCCAGCCCCAGCUCCUGUAGACUGUUCCAGCAGAAACAGAAGGAGGGCUGUGGAGACAUGCCUCUGUUCGGAAAGGUUCGAGUGGAUCAGCUCCUUUCGAACGGGAGGGAGGCCCAUACCAUCAGUCACCUGCUGGCUGACGAGAACAUGAGAAAGCAGAAUGGCUAUGUGGAGGAAGGGGCCCAGGACUGUAUCCACCUGAGCCGUGACAUCCUCGAGAGGGAGCUGGGCCUGCGGAGGGACGUCAUCGACAUCCCGCAGCUGUUCUGUGAACAGCUGGCUAAUGUCCCCUCCAGCCAGCAGACCAGGAAACUCUUCGUGAGGCCCCACUUCCCUGCCCUGCUGCAGAUGGUGGUGAUGGGCAAGAAGCUAGGCAUCCCCAAGCCUUUGGGGCCGAUUGAGAGCAUGUGCUGCUUGAGAGAAAACAUUUGCCAGUUGCUGGAGUCCCUGGGCUUCAAGUGCACCUUCAUUAAUGACUUUGACUGCUACCUGACCAAGAUUGGAGACUUCUGUGCGUGUGCCAACAUCCGCUGGGUCCCCUUUGCCUUCAAAUGGUGGAGAAUGGUGCCUUAGCCCCAGGCCUAG